UUCCUUUUUCAGUUUGCCGGUAUGAGACGUAUAGCGCAUUACGACGCAAGAGGAGACGGACAUAAUAAACUCGCAUUUUGGUCACGAGGCGCUCGCCCGCGUAGCUCGCCCAAAUCAAACCUGAAACGCCGUACGAGGGAUAUUUUUUUCCUUUUUAUCCUGUUCUGUGUUCAAACCUGCUGAUGCACGCGUAGAAUCUCUGUUCAAAUGAGGACUUGCCCUCUUCUAUUCCAAUGUUCCAAACUGCCUUUUGAGACAAGCUGAAUACUCACGCCUUGAUACCCAAUGUGGAAGUCACAUGCGGUGAUUGUUCUGCGGCUUCCUUAUCAGAAGUGCUCUGGCUAUAUAUUGAUUAAAAGACGUUCGUCGUCAGUUCAGUAUAGAUUUUAUGUUCAUGACUACGUGAUGUUUAAAAUAAGACCAAUAACAGCAGAUGAUAAAGAGGAAUGGUUCCAGUUGUGGUACGGAGAAGAUUCUUACUUGGAAUUAUAUCAUGCCUUAUCAGUGGUGACCCCCGAAAUCACCAAGACAACCUUUGGCCGCUUUUUGGAUGUAAAUGAGCCUGUUUAUGCUGCAGUUGCAGUCGACGACACCGGGCGGCUAAUUGGUUUUGCCACUUACUUAACCCACCGAGACACUUGGUCCAUAGAAGAUUCCUUGUUUUUAAAUGAUUUUUUCGUCAGCAACGAAUGUAGACGAGGGGGAAUUGGUGGCAGUUUGAUCGACUUUGUGUAUUUGGAAGCGGACAGAUUGGGCGUUAAAAAAGUAUAUUGGAACACACAGCUCGAUAACCAUCGAGCCCAAAUGUUCACGAAAUUUGAGAAUAAGAGUGGGUUCUUGCUGUAUGUGAGACCUUGAAGAUCUCUGAAAAGUUCGUCUUGUCCCUUUGCUUUCACAUGAUAUUAUAUUCCUUCAAGCCACCGAUUCUACAUUCGGAAUUAACUUUACAUGCACACAAUAUGAUGCUUGAAGUAAAUGUCUGACUUGUCGGGGAAGAAAAUCGAAUAACGGACAUGUAUAUGUUUUACACAAAUACACACGCCAGUAACGAGUACACCGUCUUUGUUCUUAAUGAUAUUUUUCGUUCAAGAUAAUUUUAUUUCAGAGCUGAUGUUGUAGGAUUUUCAUUGCUUAAUGUCAUGCUUCAAAUUGUUUCCAAUGAUGCUAAUAACGUGUUACGGC